AUCUUAAAGUUUCACAAUAAAUUUUUUUAGUAUUCAUAAUUUUUUUGGUGAAUGUUAAGAGUAUAAUCUACUUUCUGUCUAAGGAACUUUGCUGUGCUGCCUGCAGGGGCGCUGCUAAGGAUUUUGGGCCCCAUGAAAAGAAUCUUGACAGGGCUCCCAACACAGCUGAGACACAAUUUUACUGGGGGCUUCUCUGGGCCCCCUCUCAGUCAUGGGCCCCGAGAAUCGUCAUCGUUCACCCCCCCUUUACAGCGCCCCUGGCUGCCUGUCUGCACCAUCUGUUUCGUAGCUCCCGUGUCGCUGAGCUCACCAUCAGUACACUGCAGAUAAUGGAGGACUGACACAUGGGCCAUCGUUCCACCUCUCCUCCCAGCCUUAUCUCCAUUCCUCAGUAUCUCUCCCUUAACAGAAGCCCGGGCUCAGCACUCCAGCAAGGACACGCCAUCUUCAUAGAUUCAGACUUCCAUUCCUCUUGAUCGUAAUAUCCAAAGCCAACGUCAGUUUGGUAAUGUACGUCCUUAUCAUUAAUGAGCUGUCAACUAAUAUAGUGACUUAGCUGGUAGGGUUGUGACCUCACACCCCCCUGGGUUAUGACUUCUUGCUGCUUGUGGAUUUGACAUGUUUCCCCCCACAUUCUCAGAAUCCACAGACAUCCAGUUAAAUGAAGGUUUCUCUCUAUACUGAGUGUAUGUGUGUGUCUGAGUGUGUGUGUGGGUCAGAGACACAGUACAAUGUGAUAAAAACCUGUUAUUUUGAAGUUGUGGGGACCAUUCUUUCGGUUCCCACAAGGGGAAAUUCAAUUUUUAUAAAAAUCAAACAACUAAAAAUGCCAAAAGUCUUGUAUUUUGUUAGGUUACUUAUGGUUAAGGUUAGGGCUGGGUAGGGGUUAAGGUCGUCAUCGUUGGGAUUGAACGGUCCCCAUAAAGACAAAAAUACAAGCAAGUCUGUGUGUAAGUGUGUAGCCUGUGGCAGACUGGCACCCUAUCAUGGGUGCAGAACGUCAAGUCUUACGUUUCUCUACUAUCAUAAAGGUUGCUGGAUGCUCAUUUAUUUAGCAUCUUCUCUGCUCUGUUGUUGUGCAUGUUACUGUUGCUUGCAUGAAUACUGCCUUCCAAAUGAUUUUGUUUACAUGUGUUGUUUUCUUCUGGCUGAAGGAUUUAAUUUGGAAAAAACAAUAAUGCUACAUAUACAUGUAAAUGCUUAUGGUAAGACAUCUUUAGUUUUGUGCCAAUAACACGGCACCCCUGAUCCUCUCUGCUGCUCUUUACUAGCUGCUGACAUUCCGUGUUCCCUCUGUUUACACACAGCUUAUGCAUUCUCCUCUUAUCCCUUCCCCUCCUGCAGUUCCCAGUGCACCUCGUCUUCUGGACCAGGUUAUGGAGCCCGUCAUGACUGAGAAGCAUUCCAAUAGCCUUUUCCUGAACAACGACGGCAAAGAGGCUGACCCCCCCGACAGACGCUCACAGCCUCGGGACAUGCCGACCGGAGCAUCCGGGCCCUGCGGCCGCCAGGGCGUCCGGAACUUCUUCUGCCGGAACGCCUUUGUGAUCUUCACUAUGGUUUCGGUGGCACUAGGAGUCUUGGCGGGCUUUGCACUGCGUCCCCACAACUUGUCUCUCAGAGAGAUAAAGUAUUUUGCCUUCCCUGGAGAGCUUCUUAUGAGGAUGCUUCAGAUGCUGGUCCUGCCACUCAUUGUGUCCAGCUUGGUCACAGGGAUGUCCUCUCUGGACAGCAAGGCAUCUGGAAGGAUGGGAAUGCGGGCUGUUGUGUAUUAUAUGCUGACCACCAUCAUCGCGGUCUUUACUGGCAUUGCCAUCGUGAUGGUGCUUAAGCCCGGGAAAGGUGGUUGGGAAAGUCCGGCGCCCUCUAGCAGCAGCAUUGAGUCAGUGCAAGCGGUAGAUGCCUUCCUGGAUCUGAUCAGAAAUAUGUUCCCUCCUAAUUUAGUGGAAGCCUGUUUCAAGCAGUACAAAACGCUGUACUCCAGACGCAUGAUCCAGAAGAAUGUGACUCUGCUAGUUAACGUGACCGAUGCGGUCAAUGUCAGCGGGGUCCUGUUCAACCCCGUUCUGCAGACUAUGGAGGAAAUCGUUCCCAUGGCAGGCUCCUCUAGCGGGGUCAAUGCUUUGGGCCUGGUGGUUUUCUCCAUGUGCUUUGGAUUGGUCAUUGGAAACAUGAAGGACAAGGGCCGAGCCCUGCGAGACUUCUUUGACUGUCUCAAUGAAGCCAUCUUGCGUCUGGUGGCUGUCAUAAUCUGGUACGCUCCGGUGGGGAUUCUCUUCCUGAUCGCGGGGAAAAUAGUGGAGAUGAAAGAUUUGGCCCAGGUGGGGGGGCAGCUGGGGAUGUACACGCUGUCGGUCGUCCUCGGCCUCCUCCUCCACGGUCUCAUCGUCCUGCCGCUGAUCUACUUCGCUGUCACACGCAAGAACCCCUUUAUGUUUAUCGGAGGGCUGCUGCAAGCUCUAAUGACGGCCUUAGGCACAUCGUCCAGCUCAGCAACGCUUCCCAUAACCUUUCGCUGCCUCGAAGAAAACAACAGGGUGGACAAGCGGGUAACACGCUUCGUCCUACCUGUGGGCGCCACUGUAAAUAUGGACGGCACCGCGCUGUACGAAGCUGUGGCCGCCAUUUUCAUCGCCCAGGUCAACGAGGUGGAGCUAAACUUUGGGCAGAUUCUCACCAUCAGUAUCACGGCAACAGCUGCCAGCAUCGGAGCCGCAGGCAUUCCUCAAGCAGGACUGGUAACCAUGGUGAUUGUAUUGACAUCAGUUGGACUGCCCACGGAGGACAUAUCGUUGAUCAUCGCUGUGGAUUGGUUCCUUGAUCGCCUGAGGACAACUACGAACGUUCUGGGAGACUCUCUCGGCGCUGGAAUCGUGGAGCACCUCUCCCGUCGGGAGCUGCAGACUCGGGACACUGAGAUGUGCAGCUCUGUUGUCGUAGAGAGUGAGGAGCCCAUCCAGAGCAUCUGCUUGGGAAACGACGCCCAUGAACGUCGCAAUAGUAAGACACCCACGUGACGGAGAAAUUUCUCUAAGAAAUAUGGGCCAUCAGGUCCUCCCUGUGUCCUUCAAUCCGUUAGCGUGUUUUCCCUACCUCUCCAGACUUCAGCAUGGCUCUAUGGGUCGAGUGUGUGGCUACCUUUGGUCAUGAGUUUGAAACCUGCUUCUUCUUUAUUUGUGAUUAUUUUGUUCCCCAGUGUUUAUUUUCGAAUUUAGUUUUCUUGUUCCUAGUUUUUGCUUUGCAUUCUGUAUUGGGUUUUGCCACGUGCCUGUCUUUGUGAUUAUGUAUUACUUGUCCUUGUUAUAUUCUUCUCUUUCUUAGUUUCCCUGUUGGUCUCUGGGCUCCUUGAUUAACUUUAUUUGACCCCCCCGUUUCCCUGUCUGUCAUGAUUACUCUGCCUGAUUGUUCCUUGUCCUGCACCCUCUCUGAUUGGUUAAUUGUUCCAUGUCUCACACCUGCUGCUUUGUUACCUGGUUCAGUUUGUGUAUUUAUGUUCCUGCCUUAGUGUGGUUGGUUGGUCCUUAUGUUAUGUGUGACCCUGUGCUAUAUUAUGAGUUUGCGCUCUGUUCCCACGCCUGGCCCUUAUUUCGUUGUCAUCUCUUAUACUUAGUUAUUGGUUUUCCCCAUUUUAUUUGUAGACCCCUUGUGGUCUUUUCAUUUGUAGUUUUACCUGGUAUAUUUACUCUUACUGUCUCAGAGCUGCUAGUGGCUCGUCACCCCCUCUUCCUGCCGGCACUGUGCCCCUUUCCCAUGACAGAGAUGGGAGUUCAGAACGGGGCCCAGUGCGAUGCUCUGGCUAAAGUCUGUGUUUUAGGGCUGCUGGUGCUUUCAAAGCGAAGCGUCGCAAAGCUGCAGUAUGAUUUUACACACAAACGUGUGCAUGCUAAUCACUCGGUACAUCUUGUACUUGGCGUUUCUUUGCAAGUUAUGUAAUUAUUUGUUAUACAAUUUUUUAAUUAUAUAAUAGUUUUACAGUUUGUUUUUGACAGCUUUUCAGAAAAUAUUAUCCUCUUUAGCUUUAUUAGUGAAAGUUGACUUGGUGGUAUAACUUUAUUUGUAUGGUUUUUGGAGAGUCUUUAAAUACUAGAAUUGAGGCGACUGCCGUUCUGUUCUGCAGUUGUCAGUUUUCUGCUCUUCGGUUCGUACUGUCAUACUGCCAUAAUGCAGCAUUUACUUUUGUGAUUCCAGUUUUCUGUUGCAAAGUUACAAUGUAACCCCUGAUCUUGGGUGUGUGUGCUUCUUAUAUAUGGGUAUAAAAUGGACGUGGAGCUAAUUAUAUUUGUGACGAUCAAUGAUUAUGAUCUGGGUGCUGAUUAUAAGUAACACUAAUAGUUCCCCCAAGUAGCAAUUUUUAAAGAGAACUCCAUGGCCCCCACAUGAUAACACGUACUUAUAGAGCCUUAACUAUCUUCUUGAUUCAUUUUUAAAAUCUUACUAUCUGUGUUCUGUGCUCUGAGUUUUAUAUGAUAUUUGGUUUAUUUAUGUGGAUUCAAGUCUUUCCCAUACUGAAUGCAUGUCCAAUCAUUUUGAUGCAGCUUUGAUAUGAUAUAUAUUAUGGUGAAAUAGUGAGCUAUGGAUGACUUUACUAAUCAAAUCCAAUUAUGUCACAUUUUUUUUUACUUUUUAAGUUGUAUAUGUUUUUGAAAAAAUAUUGAUGGCAGAAUGUAAUUUGUACAAAAUUUGUACUGUAAACUUUUUGUAUUUGUUUCAUAGCUCACUGUGCUGUCG